UAUUAUGUUGUAAUCAAGGUAAACGUUGACGUGUCCAGGUAUAAAACUAGUAAUAAGAAUUAGGAACUUCCAAUUAUGGCCUCAGCAUUAUCUUGUGGUCCGUGUUUGUAUGAUGACGUCGCCGGGGUGGCAAAAAGAUGGUGUACUUAUUGUGAAGAAGGAUUAUGUGAAGAUUGUGAAAACGUUCACAGGAAAAGUAAAAUAUCAAGGAAUCAUAAGGUUAUAUCAAUAGAAGAUUAUCGCAAGAUUGAAAAUUUUUCGAUCUCACAGGUCUGUGGGCAUCACGGAAAAAAUCUAGAGUGGUUUUGUACAACUCACGACAAAGCCUUAUGUAUGGUUUGUGUCACGUCAAAUCACAAGUCAUGUUCUGGUGUUGUACCAAUUAGCGUUGCCUCAACAAAUGCAACGCAAUCGACUGCGUUAGCUGACCUGGAAGAAACGAUUGAGGGAACACUGCUCAAUGUGAAACAAUGCAUAAUAAAUCGUCAAUCCGCUACAAAGGAAAUUGAAAAACGAGAAUUAGUGGUUAAAACCAUUAUUCAUGAAACUCGGGCAAAAAUUAAUGGCCACCUAGACAAGCUAGAGGAAAAAUUAUUACUUGAACUAAGGUCAGCAUCUCACACUUGUAAAUCGAAAUGUGCAAAAUUCCUGCAGAAUUUAGAAUCAACAGAAGACAAGCUCACCAAACUGAGGGAACAAACAAUACAUAUGAAACAAUUUUCUUCUGAUAUACAAGUGUUUCUUGGAACACGUCAAAUUAAUAAUUUGGUCGUAAGCGAGACGGAAUCAAUUAAGAGUGCCAUCGGUACUACCAAGGACAAUGAAUUAAAAAUAGUUUUUCACAACCUAAUUGCGAAAUUAUUAAAUGAAGUCAAAGAAUUUGGUCAGAUUAAAGUCUCAGACUGCGCGACCAGUCUACAUUUCAGAGACAUAAAAAUCGAUCAAGCUCAAAUAGGGAUCACUGUCCCAACAUCAAGAAACAUGUCCAAGAUUAAGCUUCAGGUAAUGACAUCAUUUGAUAUAUUCAAAUACAGGAAGCAUACAAUGAAUAUUUCAAGUUGUGUUACAUUGCCAGAUGGUCAUUUUUUGAUGGCGAAUGGGAAGGGAAAGCAUUUAAUACAGUAUAAUGAUAAAGGUAAACAUGUGCGUGCAAUUCCGGUCUCUUCCCGUCCAUAUGAUAUUACAGUAAUUAAACCUAAUCGUAUUGCUGUGUCAUACGGUGACGCAAAGUUCUUAGAAAUAAUAAAUAUCAAUACCUUUACCGUUGAAAAGAGAAUUAAAUUACAGGAUGAUUGCUUUGGAGUAUCUGAAGAGGAUGGAAGACUUUACGUGGUAGGAUACUCUUCAAUACAAGUCCUGGAUCUAUCGGGAAGACAGCUGGAAACACUGAAAAUGGAAUUGAAUGAUGUAUAUUACAUCACAACUAGCAAAGACAGGAUAUUCUACACAGACACGAGCAAAAACAAAGUACAUUGUUGUCGUUUGAACGGAGAAGAGUUAUGGCAGUUUGAAAGUGAAUCCAUUCGUUUGCCUGUAGGUAUUACAGUAGACAAUAAGCAAAACGUGUAUGUUGUAGGUCAUAGUUCCCGUAAUCUUACAGUCAUACAACAUGAUGGGAAGGACAGCACGAUUUUAUUGACAGUACAAGAUGGACUAAAUAAACCGAAUGAUGUGUAUUUUGACAUAGAAAAAAGAACAUUACUUAUAUGCAACGAAAGGGGACGGGUUACGCUAUACAAAGUUAAUUAAAACUUUUCAAAUCAUGUAGGAUUAAAUUCCUUUUUUGUAGAAACGUUCAUACAAUAUACAACAUAAGAACACGAUAAACGUUUGAUCUGUUUUGUUUUCAAGUUGGAUAAUAAUGUGGCGCGAUUAGUGCCCUUCUGUAUUCUAUGCAAUUUUCAUGAUCACAAUUGUACUGACGCUGAAUUAUUUAAAAAUGAGAUGAAACAAUUGUGCCUCCACACAAAACUUAAGCUAAAGCUUUCUCAAUCAAAUUUAAACGGAUUAUUUUCCCAUUCUAUCUAGGUUUUGUCUAAAUACUUACAUUGUAUUAUUCGACUGUUUUUAUUGCGUUAAGCACUCAAAGUAGCAGUUGAUGUGAUUUAAUGCUUGAAUUGAUGGUUUGGGUAACACAAACAGUAAUUUAACCCCGACACACCUUCGUGUGUCUAUCUUAACUCAGUGAUGUCUUUAAUUUUUAUCUUUAAUUGUAAAUGUCCUUUAUGGACUUGGUGGUGACUGUAAAUUUUUUAGAGUCUCUUUUAAAUUUAUAAUUAUACACCAUUUUUGUAGACUCAAAAUCAAACACCGCUUAUUCUAUAUAUAUAACUAUUGGGUUUAAACCUUAUCUUUGGGAUCAAUAUAUAAAGGGACAUGAAACAAAUUUUUUUCAAUUUCAUUUCCCCCUAAAAUUCGUGUUGCUAAGUCUUUAGUUUUCUAUGUUGUGUCAUCUGUACUAUUAUUUGUCUAUUUGUCUUUUUAUUUUUGGCCAUGGCGUUGUCAGUUUGUUUUCGAUCUAUGAGUUUGACUGUCUCUCUGGUAUCUUUCGUCCCUCUUUUACAUGCAAAAGGCUGUUAAUGGGGCAUUGCUCUGUUCAAGCAGUGGUCUAUUAUUUUUCAAACUUCUCUUAGGAUUGCCUAUUGAUAUGGUAAAAUUAUAUGCCAUUGAAAAUGAAUGAUUGUAGGAUGGCAGUGGAUAGUUUUCAUGUUUAUAAUUUCAAUAUCUAGUUGUUACUCUGAUGUCAAAAGUAUGAGGAUUCAUGUAAUUUUCUAGGAUUUUGAAAGGUGCAUUAUUUUAACAUCGUUUUCCCCCUGAUAUAUAAUUUAUCUUUAAUAAUUUGUAUAUGUAUAUGUAUGGAAAGAGAAGGUUUCAUAGAGUGCCUUGGUGUAAUUUUCAUAUAAUUUUUAUUUCAUUUUUUUUUUUAGAAAAAAAGCAUUGCAAUGUAUCUUUAUAAAGAAUUUUAAGUUAUUAACACACAUUUCCUAUGUCUUAAUAUACAAACACCAUGUGCAAUUAAAUGGGAAAUAAACAUAUUUAAACUUUA